AUGUCUACUUCCGCCUUCAUUGUUCCCAUCGAUCCGAAGGCACCUUCCACCGCUAUUCCCAACGUCGACAUCGCAAAAACUUGGGCCACAGUUCCACGUGGAGAGAAAGUCGAUGUAGGAACGACCAGCAUAUUCUACGACACUCCUGCAACAAAGAUCACUGCUGCUUCAUCUCUUGGUGAUAACUUCUCUGCCAAAAAGGGUGAAGUGAAGAGAGAACUUGUCCGAAAAUCUGUUGGAAGUGCUGUCAAGGCUUUGAAGGUUCUAAAUGGAUUGAAGGAGGUAACUGUUGACGCGUCAGCGGACCCUCAUGCUGCUGUCCUCCCAGCUGUCGCUGCACAUCUUGCUUUGUAUGAUUUCUCCUUGAAGACAAAUCCUCCUUCACCAUUCAACCCGAACUUGAAGAAACCGAUUCCUCCCAAGUUAGAAUUCAAGCCCAUUGAGAGCUCAAAAGAAUGGGAUCGAGGAGUCGCAUAUGCGUACUCACAAAACCUGGCGCGAACCCUCAUGGAAUUACCAGCUAAUAUGAUGACGCCUACUGCUUUCUGUGAACGCGCAAAAGCCGAGUUUGCUGGAAUUGAGAACGUCGAAAUCUUUGUCCGAGAUGAAGACUGGGCUGCCAGCAAGGGAAUGAACACAUUCCUAUCAGUAACUCACGGCACCAACGAACCAGCCAAAUUCUUGGAAAUUCAUUACAAGGGCGCAUCUCAAAAGGAUGCCCAACCGAUCGCGUUCGUUGGAAAAGGUAUCACUUUCGACAGUGGAGGGAUAUCUCUAAAGCCUGGUGAAGGCAUGAAACUCAUGCGUGGCGAUAUGGGCGGCGCAGCCACGGUAGUCUCAGCGACGCUUGCCAUUGCCAAGCUGAAACUCCCAGUCAACCUCGUAACUGUCACCCCGCUGACAGAAAAUCUUCCCGGACCAAGUGCAACCAAACCUGGAGACAUUGUCUACGCCAUGAACGGCAAGUCCGUAGAAGUGGAUAACACGGACGCAGAAGGUCGUUUGGUUUUGUCUGAUGCUAUCUACUACGCCUCAACAGAAUACAAACCACAUACUCUCAUCGAUGUCGCUACACUUACUGGUGCAAUAGUCAUCGCGCUCGGAGAGAUCUUUACUGGCGUAUACUCGACUUCCGACGAGUUAUGGGAAAAAUUGCACACUGCUGGUGAGCAAGAAUUUGACCGUUUCUGGCGUAUGCCUCUCAGCGAAGACUACGGUCCUCAAAUCUACUCUUCCAAUGCUGAUCUAUGCAACACUGGAGGAAGACCCGGCGGAAGCUGCACUGCGGCUUUAUUCUUGAAAGCUUUCGCACAUGGUAUCGAAGCCGAGGACGGAAGUAAUGCCGAAACAGCGAUGAAAUGGGCGCAUCUUGACAUAGCGGGAACGAUGGAUGCUACCAGGCCCACGCCGUAUCAGGAGAAGGGCAUGACUGGAAGACCUGUGCGGGCUUUGAUUGAGUAUGUGCGGGGCCUUGCUAGCUGA